AUGGAAACUAUACUCGAACAGCAAAGAAGUUACCAUGAAGAGAGGGAACGGACGAUGGACGCAAUGGUCAAAGAAAUUCUUCAUAAAAAGACUGGGCACCGUGAAACUAUAAAUGCUGACCAUCGAUUGAAGAAUCUGCACGACAGAUAUGUUGAGUCAACUAUAAGGUUGAAGGAGUUGUAUGAGGAUAAAGAUGGUCUUCGUAAAGAGGAAAUAGCAGCAUUGUCUGGUCCCAGCGAAUUUAAUGAGUUCUAUGCGAGACUUAAGCAAAUCAAAGAGUUUCACAGAAAACAUCCUAAUGAGAUUUGUGUGCCAAUGUCAGUGGAGUUUGAAGAGCUGGCAAAAUUGCGAGAGAAUCCAGCUGAAGAUUUUACAACUCCUGUGGAGUUUACCGAUGAAGAAGGCUAUGGAAAAUAUUUAGAUUUGCAUGAAUGCUACGAGAAGUAUAUCAAUUUGAAAGGCAUAGAAAAAGUGGAUUACAUCACAUACUUGAGCAUCUUUGACCAUCUCUUCGAUAUUCCCCGUGAGCGUAAGAACAGUGAAUACAGAAAUUAUAUCAGAGUUCUUUUGACUUACUUGAAAGACUUUGUGAAUAGAGUAAAACCUCUGCAGGACCAAGCUCAAGAGAUGGCAGCUGCUCACCAGGAGUUCACUAAGCAAUGGGAAGCUGGAACCUUUCCUGGAUGGCCUAAAGAAACUGGUGGUGCCCUGACGAAUGUGGGAGCUCAUUUAGAUCUAUCAGCUUUCUCCUCAUGGGAAGAACUGGCCUCACUUGGUUUGGAUAGAUUAAAGUCUGCCCUCAUGGCUCUCGGGUUGAAAUGCGGUGGUACUUUGGAAGAAAGGGCACAAAGAUUGUUCAGUACAAAAGGCCAGACUUCAUUGGAUAAGUCUCUAGUUGCUAAGAAAGGUGGCAACAAAGCAAAAGCAUCAACCCAACAAAGGCACAAAGAUAUUGCUGCUAUUGAAGCUCAAGUUUACAGAUUUGCCAACAUCGUAAGUAGUACAAGAGCUGCAACUAUUGAGAAUGUGACACGUCGCGCAGCUCGUGCGGCCGGUGAGCGUCGUGAUGACAGUGGUGAUGAGAGUGAUGCCUCCGCCGCUCCGGAUGUCGAUUCUGAUGAUGAUGAAGUGCCAUACAAUCCUAAGAACUUACCUCUUGGAUGGGAUGGCAAGCCUAUCCCAUACUGGCUGUACAAGUUGCAUGGUCUGAACAUCAGCUAUACUUGCGAGAUUUGUGGUAACUACACAUACAAGGGACCGAAGGCGUUCCAACGGCACUUCGCUGAGUGGCGUCACGCUCACGGCAUGAGGUGUCUUGGUAUACCGAACACUGCUCACUUUGCAAACGUUACACAGAUCGAAGACGCACUAGCAUUAUGGGAGAAAAUCAAACAUCAAAAGGAGAAUGAAAGAUUUGUUGCUGAAAAUGACGAGGAAUUUGAAGACUCGCAAGGAAAUGUCGUCAAUCGUAAGACCUACGAAGAUUUGAAACGUCAAGGACUACUAUAA